GUCCGACACCUGCGUUUAAGAUUGGACCUCCUUAUGUAGCUCUGAUGAUCAUUGUAACCUCCUCAGACUGAUGCAUCCUUUGAUACAAAAACUCAUUACUACACUGACUGUUUUGUUUUGGAUCAUUAUUUCAAAAUGAGCAACACAUCUAGUGUAGUUGUAUUAUCGCUGUCUGGUUUCAGCUCCACCGUCAACUACAGACUGACUCUUUUCUCUCUCACUUUAUUAUGUUAUUUACUAAUUGUGGUGGUAAAUGUGUCGAUCACUUUAACUAUAAUCCUGGAUGAAAAUCUCCAUGAGCCCAUGUACAUAUUUUUGUGUAACCUAUGUGUCAAUGCACUUUAUGGAACUGCAGGCUUUUACCCUAAAUUUGCUUAUGAUCUUUUAUCUGAUAUCCAAGUUAUAUCAUAUGCUGGAUGCCUAUUGCAAAUUUUCACAAUAUAUUCGUAUGCUAAGGUCGACUACUCUAUUCUAGUGCUAAUGGCUUAUGACAGGUAUGUGGCUAUAUGUCGACCUCUGGAAUAUCGGCACGUUAUGUCUGUGAGAGCCACGGCUCUGCUGGUCACUUUGUCCUGGCUUGUACCGCUCUGCUGUGAGACUAUAGUUAUAGGUCUGACAUCCACACUAACGCUAUGCGGCUCACAGAUCCAGAAGCUUUACUGUGAAAACUGGUCAAUUGUUAAACUUGCUUGUAGUUCAACAUCAGCAAACAACAUUGUUGGACUGAUUUCUAUCUCCUUCUACACAGCACAUUUAGUUUUCAUUGUGUGUUCAUAUCUGUGUUUGGUGAAGUCAGCUCUAAAGUCCAGAGAGGGCAGGAGGAAGUUUCUACAAACAUGUGUGCCACAUUUGUUCUGUCUCUUUAACGUCUCUGCUGUUUUGCUUUUUGAUGUCAUGUAUUCAAGGUACGGAUCAGCGUCUUUACCAAAAAGUGUUGAGAACUUUGUGUCCAUAGAAUUUAUCAUUUUCCCACCAACUUUCAAUCCUGUCAUUUAUGGGCUGAUUCUGACCAAAAUUCGAGGUAGAAUCAUGCAUUUGUUCAUGAUGUCAGGCCAAAACCUGAGAAGUGUUUGGAUUAAAGUGGAUGGAAAGCAGAUUAAAAGUAAUAUCAUUACUUUUAAUUAG